UCAUUUGGAAAACAGGGUGAAAGUGCUAUCACAUCGGUAAGCCCAAUACAGUAUUGUGAAACGAUCUCUGAAGAAAUAUAUCGUCUGUAUUUGGCAUCGAAUUUUUGAUUCUGUUGUUCCGCUAUGAGUGCGUUUUUGGUGAGACUGGAUUGUGGGCUUCGAGACCUUCGAUACAUGGAAUUGGAGCGACAUUUCGCUCCAAAUGGUGGCUCACAGAGAUGCGAAAAAAAUCAGAAGAAGACCAUUUCGUGUUAUUUCGAACUGUACGGAGAAUAUGGCGUCGAUGAGAGGAAGCGCCUUCGGUUGCAUGUACACAAAGAGGAAAAUGGGGUGAAACUUGGAGCUGCUUGCAAAAGGCGUAGCCGAAAAGUAGAGAAAAUAUUCUCGAUCGAGGAGCAUCACAGCGGAGCAUUUGUGCUAUCCGCUGUUGAAACGCUGAAAAGUCACUUUGAUAUGAUGCUGUGUCUGAAUGAAAACUUUCUGCCUCUUGAACAGAAAUCUGUGUAUAUUUUGAGACAUGGAGACAUAAUUGAGGGCAGGUUCCCCAAAAUUCCUUGCUUCAAGAUCAUGUUCCUCCUCAGUAAUGACGUACGAAUGAAAGAGCCUCAGAAAUCUCUGCUGCUGAUGUGUCCCGAGCAUGUUCUCAAGAAUAUUUUCAAGUUUCUGACACCAUGGGAAAUCAUGGAGAAUGUCGUUCCCGUUUGUCGGCAAUUUUCCCAGCUGAUGAUGGGUGGAAACAUUUGGACUCAGUUCGAGUUCCUUGUUACUGAUGCAUUUAUUAGCUUGCCAUUUGGGCACAUGGCUGACUUCUUCAAAAUUUCAUCCCGGUAUGUUCAGAAGCUUACCGUAGAGUUCAGCUUGGAGGAGGAACUUGUGGAAGAUCACGUGCCGUUUCAAAUUUGGCUACCAUUUUUCAAACAUGAUUGGAGUAAACUGAAGAUCCUGGAAAUUGAAACUUUUGACGCCGAUUUUUUUAUUAAGGAUAUACGGCCCGAAUUCUUGAUGGGAUGUAGCAAGACGUUUACGCACCUGGAGACACUUUCUGUGCGUUGUCUCAGUUUUGGUAACGAGCUUCUUCAUCAUGCUGAAUCUAGCCGCAUCGUGUUCCCCAAGUGUCGUGAAGUUUUUCUAAGGUGUUCCUUGGAGAAAAUUAAUCGUGUGAACAUGAGACUGGCUUUUCCCAGGCGAGUGCAAUUGGAGAAAUUGCAUCUAAAUCACGCCGAUGCUCGUAAUAAAUUCUUCACGUUCGUUGACGUGACUCGCCCGAAUCCAACCAUCCGGGAAUUUCCCGUCUUCCUCCGUUCUGGUGUACUUUCAAGUCUCCAUGCUUACCAGUUGCCUGUGAAAUUGGACGCCAAAGGCUGGCAACUGGCUCAGAAAAUGGGGGUGUUUUCGAACCUCAAAUCCCUGGGUCUGAAUGGAAACCUUUUCGACGAAAUGCCAUCAACAGUUGACAAGGAUAAAAUAUUCUUCCCAAAGUUAAAAUCGCUGUGGAUGGAAGAGGCAUCGCCAAUCAAAUCCGUGCAUCAUGUAUUAUUGAUGCCAUCAUUGGAGAAGCUUUGGAUCAGGAAUGUCCCGGAAGAAUCUGUGAAACCCACCCAAAGAGUGCUUCGAUCACUGAAUAUCUUCAAUACGGCCUCCGAAGAAUGGUUUGAAAAAAUUAAAUGCAUCGCAGCUGACCUCUGGGAGACAUCCAUUCCUUAUUCAAGAAUGAGCAACCUGGAAUGUGCGGCAAUCUUUUUUCUGCACAAGGCUGUCAAUAAAGACCCGGGAAACAUCUUCAAAGAACUGCAAUGCUGCUCCAAGCUCAGAGGAUUGAUUCUGAAUCUACCGGAUGACCUCCAGUUGGAAACCGUGGGCCAACUAUCUCAACCAUUGGAGUUCAUUGCAUUUCCUGGGACCAAUCUUUCGAGGUCAUGGGAUGCAUUUCGUUUUAUUUUUACUGAGUGUAAGGAUUCGCUGGAGGAUCUGUGGAUUCAAGUUUCCGACGCAAAGGUCGCAAAACUUAUCGUUUUCACGAUGAGCGCGUUUCUGGUGAGACUCGAUUAUGGUCUUCGCGAUCCCCGAUACAUGGAACUGGAGCGAAGUGGUCCGAUUGACGGGUAUUCAAAGGGAUACGAGAAGAAUCCGAGGAAAACCGUCGCAUGUUAUUUUGAACGCUCGGAAAGAGAGGGAAUUAAUGCGAGAACGAGAUUUCGGCUGCAUGUUCACAAACAGGUAAAUGGGGCAAAACUUGGAACACCCUGUACGAAGCAACUUAGCUUGGAGAAAAUCUUCUUCAUUGAAGAGGAUUCAAGUGGAUCAUUCGUACUAACCCCGGUUCCAACACUGGAACAUCGCUUCAACUUCUUGAUAUGCAUCAAUGGUGAUGUUCUGGAUGUUGAUGUGAAACCCGUGUGUGUUUUAAAGCAUGGAGACGUCAUCGAGGGCAUGUUCCCUACAAUUCCUUGCUUUCGGUUCGUGUUCUUCCUGAGUGAUGAGCGUCACCACGAAGAGCGAUCCCAUCAGCAUUCGCCUCUCCUUUCGUGUCCUAGACGCGUUCUUGAAAAUAUCAUGAAGUAUUUGACUCCAUUUGAAGCGAUGACGAACGUUGUCCCAGUUUGUCGGGAGUUUUUUAUGACCAUGAGGAACGGAAGGAUUUGGACUCAUCUCGAAUUCCGUGUUCUAUUUGGGGUCACAAGUGUUCCAUUUGGACACAUGCUCGACUUCUGCAAAGUCGUUUCUGGGUAUGUUCGGAAGGUAUCAGUGGACUUCAAAGUGGACCCGAAGUUUCAAACAAUUCCGUCGCAGGAUAUGUUGCGAUCGUUUUUUAAACACUACGGUUGGCGAAAACUGGAAGUGUUGGAUAUUGCCUCUAUGGAGUCCAACAAGGAUGUGUGGGUCGAAUUUAUGUUCAGAAGUGGAAAAUCGCUGACGCAGUUGAAGACGCUGGCAGUGCGUGAUCUAGCCCUGGGGAACUUGCUGCUGAAAAUGCCGAGAAUUGCCAAGUUUAUGCUUCCCAAUUGUCGAGAAGUCACUCUGUGGUGUGAAAUGGAACUUAUGUAUUUUCCAUUUGUGGACUUGACACCGUGUUUUCCCGGGAUGAAGAAACUGAACCUCAAUCACGCUUUGAUACAAAGUGACUUGUUUUCAGCCAUCAAUGAGGGACAACCCUUUGUUUCACAUCCUUUCGUUCCGGCGUUUCCUCACUUCAUUGGUUCUGGUUUGCUUUCAAGUUUGCAUGCCUACAUGUUGCCAGUGAAAUUGGAUGCAGAUGAUUGGGAACUGGCUCAAAAUAUGGGGAUUUUUGAAAAUCUUGAAUCUCUGAGCUUGAAUGGAUAUCUUUUCCGUCACAUCCCAGCUGUUCGUAAUGGAAAUGCUUUCUUACCGAAGAUGAAAUCAUUAUGGCUGGAAGAAGCUUCACCCAUGAAACUCGUUCAUCAUCUGCUGCUGAUGCCAUCAUUGGAAAAGCUAUGGAUUAGGAAUGUUCACAGAACAUCAUUUGCUGGACAUUCCCAACGAGUGCUACGAGCGUUUCGUGCUUUCAAUCACUGCUCAGAGGAAUGGCUUUCAAAUCUGAAAUGCAUCGCUGUUGACCUGUGGGAGACUUCAAUUCCGUAUUCAAAGAUGGUCAACCUGGAAUGCGUGGGAUUAUUUUUCAAAGACAAAGCUUUCAAUAAAAACCCAGGAAGCGUCUUCGAAGAACUACAAUGCUGUUCGAAGCUCAGAGGAUUGAUUCUCACCUUACCCGAUGAUCUCCAUUUUGAUACUCUUCGCAAAUGGUCUCAACCCUUGGAGUUCAUUGCAUUUCCUGGUACCAAACCCUGCCGUGCCCUGUCUGCAUUGCUUUGUAUGACUCAGGUGCAGAAUUCGCUGGAGGAUCUGUGGAUCGAGGUGUAUAAUUCGAAGGCUUACGUGGGAUGCACUUGGGGGAUCGAAAAUAUUGGAUACGUGUUCAUGGUCGGGAAAGCGAUGAAUGCUUUCGGGUCCGGGUUUUCCGGAUUGAUCGUGGAAUACACGGGUAGAAUCCCGGUGUUCCUUGCUGCAUUUUUGUUGAAUGUUGCGACACUGGCGUAUCUUCUGAUUUGGGAACCCACCAUGGACGAACACUACGUACUGUUCAUCAUGUCAGGAGCUUACAUGCUCGCUGAUUCUGUGUGGCAGACACAGAUCAAUGGGCUCCACGGAUUGCUUUUUCAUGAAAACGUGGAAGCAGCAUUUAGUGCGUACAAAGUGUUCGAGAGUCUUGGGUUCAUCAUCGCGUAUUUUUUCAGCAAGCAUUUGUGCGUCCGUAUAAAGUUGUACGCACUCGUGUUCAUUCUCACGCUCGGUAUGGUUUGUUACGGCGUUUUGGAAUCUCGAGAGCGGAAGCGAGAAGUCAUUGCGAAAUCUUGAAGUAAAAACGUAUUCCUUUUUGGGAAUUUUGAAAAAAGGCGGAACUGAGG